CAUUCCUCAGGUGAGGCUCGGCUGCGCGGGUCGGCGGGUCGGAGUUCCUCUGAGCAACAGCUUCUUCUUUCUCCCCAGGUAGGAAAAAACCUCUCUGAUCCGGGGGGGUUUCUUCUGAGAAUACCUGAGAGACUUCACGUGCACCAGGACAAAGAAACAGCCGCGCUUUUCUUCACCCAGAAGUAAAGGUGGAAGUCAAACUGGUUUAUUUACCUGGACACCAGCCAAGAUGAAAAUUGCAUCGUUUAACGUCCAGAGGUUUGGCCGAAGCAAAGUGUCGGACCCAAAUGUCCUGAACAUCCUGGUCAAGAUAAUAUCUCGCUAUGACAUCAUAGUGAUCCUGGAGGUGGUAGACAUCAGCGGCGAGUCUGUGGAAACGCUCAUGGAAGCACUCAACAAGUCCAACAGGAAACAUCACUACACUCUGAAAAUCAGCUCCCGUCUGGGCCGGACAAAUUACAAGGAGCAGUUCAUGUUCCUGUACAGGGAUGACCUGGUUGACCUGGUGGGGUCCUUUCAGUUUGAUGAUGAGGAGAUGGAGGGGAUGGACGUUUUCGCCAGAGACCCGUACAUCCUGAGGUUCAGAUGCUUGAGCACAGUUCUGAAGGACCUUGUGUUGAUCCCGGUCCACACCAAACCCGAGGACUCGGAUAAGGAGCUGGACGAGCUUUACGACGUCUUCCUGCACAUCAAGAAGAGGUGGAUGACAGACAACGUGAUGAUCCUCGGCGACUUCAACGCCGACGGCGCCUACGUUACCAAGAGGGACAUGAAGAGCAUCCGCAUCCGCAGCGACAAGAACUUCCACUGGCUGAUCGGAGACGACGUGGACACCACGGCCAACACCGGGAACGACCACACCUACGACAGGAUCGUGGUCUACGGGGACGACAUGCUUCGUGCUCUGGUCCCGAGCUCCGCCAAACCCUUCAACUUCCAGGAGGCUUACGGACUCAGCAAUGAGCAGGCGCUGGACGUGAGUGACCACUACCCCGUGGAAGUGGAGCUGAAGUCACUGCCGGAGAUGCAGGUUCAACCCCACGAUGCUAGAUACAAGUCAGCGGAGGUCGCGGUCAUGGGACAGGAUCUACUGGAGCUGAAGAGAGGUAACCUGCUGCUGGAACGGGAGAAGCUCAACCUGGAGAUCCAGCUCCUCCGGCUGAAGGUGGACCGGAUCAACGGUGGAUCCCCGGGUUAAACCAGAGGCCGACCGUCCCAAACACCCGAAUCAUAAACUGUUAUGCUUUGUACAGAUCUGCAACGUGUCGAACAUUUCCAAUAACGUGUCUACUGUAGAGAUAAGCUGCUGUUAACUGUAUCAGCUAAAUCUGUUCAUGUGAGCUGCUUCUUUGUUUAAUAACAGCCGGGCCGGCUCCACGCUGGGGCGAGAGGGGGCAAGGCCCUCCUGAAUCAAACUCUGAGAAGUUGAGAUGGGUUUUAUCUCUUCUGUGUUUCUCCGUCCAUUGUUCUUGUCUCUCUGGAUCCCACGUCUGCUGCACAGAGGACCGGCCCGUCCGUCCGUCAGACCCCGUCCCAGCUUUCAGCUCUCCACUCGAGUUUCACGUACUGAUGAAAUCAGUGAUUUUUAGUAAAGCUUAUUCACUUCCCACCAGGAAAGUCAAGGCUGUGAGAUGCAUGUGGUCCUGCAGAACCUGAGACGUGAAGGAGCGGGUGAUGACGACAUUAGGAUUUCUCUAAAGUCAGUUUAGAUUCUGCAAACAGACGUCAAUUGUUUUUCCUCAAGAGGGAACCAGCGACCGCUUACAGGCUCCAGAGCUGCAUCCAGAUGUGACUGUGUCCUUUAGCAACGCAAAGCUUUUCAAGUCUCAUUUCUGUCAGCGUGAAUCCGUUUAACAGCUCAGUCGAGGGAUUCCACAUCCUCGACGCUUUCAGGGACUCUUCUGAUAAAUGGGCAUCAAAACUUCCUGUUCAUACACUGAAAACUCACUCUUUUACUGUUUUAACCUUUUUUUACACACAUGCAACUGAUAUUAAAAGUCUUGUAAGCAGUGAUUACAA